CGGCGUUCGGUUUAUUCGAGUUCCGAACACCAGCCCAGCCGGAGGCACAACCUAGCGGAUAGCCCAGCCGCGAAAUACUUUCGAUCAAGGACUCUGAUCCGAUCCGAUUCUUUUGUUCAGUGCCCCCCGUGUGUGAGAAGGUGUGAAGUGUGAAGAAGAAAACAGAAUUUAAAACAAAAACUAAAUUAAAAAGCCCCUUCUAAUAAUAAUAAUAAUAAUAAUAAUGCUAAUGGAAAAUAAAAGCAGAGCCAACAAAUGCAAAUGAUCGAAAAUAUUGUGUUACAGAAACCGAAUUAUGAAAUUCCCACGUCGGUGUAAAGUGAGAUGAUUUGAGGUCUGAGUUACAAAUCCUGUCCCGUGCCGUCGCCCCAACAUCAUGCUCGACAAAUUCAACACAAACGCAUUCAUAUCGUUUGGACUGGGAUUCAUACUGAUGUGGCUGAGCGAAGCCACGGAAGCCCAUGUGAACUACACAGCCAAGCCGCGAGUAGUUCUUCCGCCUAAUUAUGUCAAGGAGAUACGACCGCCCUCGAAGAAGGGCUCCCCAGUGAUAGUAGACUUUAGCAUAUUCGUUGUAGAUAUUAACUCAAUUAACGUAGAGGAUAUGGACUUUAGAGUAGACAUGUUUAUACAUCAGCGCUGGCUGGAGUCCCGGCUGGAGAUCCCCGACGACAUCUUCGAGGAGGGCGACGACUACGUGACACUGCUUCCAGAGGUCUUUGAGAAUUUUUGGCAGCCGGAUCCGUACUUUCUCAAUUCCAAGAUUGCCGGAUACGGAAGUCCUUACGUGGCGUCCACGUCCCUGCUACGCAAUAAGGGUGAAAGAGAUUCGAAAAACUUUCACCUGAGCAAAGAUAUAAAAAUAGCGACACUGACCCACAAGUUUACGUCGGUGACGCUCUACAAGAACAAGACGGUGCGCUAUGCCGCCCGGAUGCACGCGAUCAUCGCCUGCCAGAUGGAGUUCCAGCUCUACCCCAUGGACAUCCAAGUGUGUCCCAUCUACAUAGAGAGCUUCUCGUCGAAUAACCAGAAGGUGAAGCUCCGUUGGUCCGACUCCGGAGUCACCCUCAACCCGGAGCUGAAGCUGCUGCAGUACAACCUGGGACAGCCCCUGGAACUGGAGGAGUCCGAUGGCUAUAUGCCCGAGAAGGUCGGCAACUUCUCGCGCCUCACCGUGUACUUCCGCUUCGAGCGCCAGAUCGGCCACCACCUCAUCCAGACCUUCGCUCCCUCGUCGCUGGUGGUGAUGUUGUCCUGGUUUAGUUUCUGGCUAGGCCUGGAUGCGAUCCCGGGAAGGGUUACGUUGCUGGUCACCUGCAUGCUGACCCUGGUGACCAUGUUUACGGGGGCAGACAUUCCCCCCGUGGCGUACGUUAAGGCCCUGGACCUGUGGAUGGCCGGCUGUAUGCUGUCGGUGUUCGCCGCCCUGGCCGAGUUCGUGGUGGUGAAAGUUCUGGACGUGCAGUACCAGUACCAGGUGAACCGUAUACCCAAGGUACUGCCCAUGCGCAUCAGCAACAUGGAGAAGGGCCAAUGUGCGACGGUGGCCAGCUGGGAGGGUGGAGCGGUGCGCUCCCGGAAAGCCACGCAGACGCCCACGACGCCCGGACAGACUUCCCUGCAGGGUAAUGGAGGACCUCCGAAGCCGGCACGGAGGCAGAGCCUCCUCUCGGUGGCCUGGACGGACACAGACACGGGCGUCGAGAAGAUCAUGUGGCGGGAAAUCGACAAGGUGUCCCGGGCCGUGUUCCCCAUCCUGUUCUUUGUGUUCGUCCUCCUGUACUGGCCGAUCCUGCUGAUGAAGUCGUCCUAGGAUUUGGGGAGUUCCAGAAUACACAUUUCUGGACUCCGUUAAAAAACCGAACAAUUGUGGAUCUGUUGAUGGAACGAUACCUGCUACUGGACUGGAUCUAAAGGCCCCAAGUGCAAUUCUUAAUCUGCGAAGAGCGGAUCGCUCUCCGCCAUCGAAGUACAACAAACGAAACAACCAGAAAAGCCUACAGUUACCUACAUAAGUGUGUGCAUAGCCCCGGUGUACGGAAUACAAAACUCAGAUAUCGAAUAUUUGCUCACGACAACCGAGAGUAUAGUUCAUUUGAGUAACGCUUAGCCCCAUGGUUUUUUUCGAAUCUAUCUAUAGGAUAUUAUCCGACACGGCUUCAGCUGCUCUAGGCAAUGCUGCCCAGGAUGCCCCACAACGAUUCCCCCAACAUAGACCCUAAUUUUAUUCUGCAGUUGAUUAUUUCGCCUUACUACCACUGCAUUUGUCAAUCAAGUCCAAGCUGGUUAUUGAAUAAAUGUACAUCACUGUGCUAGUGACAAUACCCCACGGUCGACGGGUUGUCCCUACUUCGAAAGUAUACACCGCUACCUAUUAAACUACAAGCUACACGCGGUACAUACACCACAUUCUCAAGGCAAGGCAAGGCAAGGUUUUAAUUGAAUUUUUGUAUUAGGCUUAAGCAAAUCAGCCAAGGAAUGGAUCUGGUGCUUUACGGAGAUAAUAAAUAAUAUGGCCUCUAAGGAUAUUUGGAUUGUAAAUACUGAAACGAACCGAGAAUGCUUUUAGAGAUUUUUACAUAAAUAUUUAGAAUUAUUUUAUCAUUAUAGCGCAUUUUAUGCAAGACAUUAGAGCUGUGGCUUUUACAUCUAAUUGAGAAACCUACUAAAAUCGACCUGUAGUUCAAACAGCGCACAUCAGGCAGAUCAGAUAUUUUGAACAAAUGAAUAUAUACCUAUAUAUAAUAUAUAUCUGUUAAGCCGAAUCGAGUUUAUAUUUGAUAUGAAGAUACCGACACAAUGUAAAUAAAUUACAUCACUACCUA